GUAACGGAUAGUUUCCUUCAAAAGCUAUACCCUCUCCUUGGAAAAAAAACAAUUUCUUCACUCCCUCUUUCUUCAGCAAUCAAUUCAUAUUCAAGAAACGCCCUAAUUUCUCUGUCUCUCUGCUCCUUAGAUUUCAGCACUUGAUAACAGUGCAAAUUCUCGACGCCAUUUGAUCAGUUACUUUUUUUUUUUUACUUCUACAAGCAUAAUAAAGAUUCUAUUUCCAUUAACUUAAUUUUUCUGGAGAAUGGAUUUGGGUUGUUUUGAUAUGGGUUGCAUUGAAAAGAAGCCGAUGAAUCACACCGUUUCUAGUUCGGAGAACAGUCCCUCCGCUUCUGCAACGGCUACUUCCAAACUCGGAAAGACUAAGGCAACGAAAGAAGGUGGCCAAUCAAAUUUAGUUUCUUUAAACAAAUCUGCAUCACAAAUUAGAAAGCCCCCUCAUCGCAAAACUUCGCCUAUAAAUUGGUUCCCUCGCAAGAAAGUGGAUUCCUAUUUAAAGAGAAAAAUAAAAAUGCUCCAGGAAGUGGACGGAAUGAACUUAACACUUGAUGAGACUUUGGGGGAUGCUAAUCCCCACUAUUGUAGAGUUUUGAGGGAAAAAAUUGCAGUAAGAGAAGCUGCUCAAAGAGCUGUGGAAGCUCGGAAGGCUGCACUUGUUGAAGCAUCAUGGUGCCGAAUACUUCAGGCAGCAAGGAUUGAUUGUAAAGAAGCAGAACAAGUGCUGAUAAAGGCAGAAAAAUUUUCUGCAGAAGCUUUUGAAGCUGCAACAGCUAUUGGAGUGAUCUUGUAUGACAUUCCUGAUUGCUCACAGAAGCAUUACAAAAUAGAAAAGUCACCUGCAAAAGGAGGAGGACCCACGACUCAUACAGUUAGAACAUCUUUUGAAACUGCAUUUGAGGUGGAUAAACAAGUAGCAACUGCACUUAAGGUUGCCCUUCUUAAGCUUGCUAAUUGCCCUUCCAUGAACAAAGAUGAAGUCAAGGAACUGCUUCUCAGAAUAUGUCAGAACCCUGAAACAGACGAUAAUCAUCAAGAACUGUCCGAGUUCUCUUCAGAAUGUGAAUCAGAUACGGGUUCUGAAUUUGAGAGCCUUUGUUCUGAGGUCACAGAUUCAGAGACAAAAUCUGUGCAAAGGAAAUAUCAAAAGAGGCAAGCAUGUGAAAAGUUUAAUAUGCCAAAUCUUGUGGAAAUGAUGCUGGAAAGACUUAGAUGUUUGCAAGAAGAUGAACUUGCAUCUCUUGCCACUAUAGUUGCAACGUGUGGGUUGAAUGCUGCUCUAGCUGAAGCAGAAAACAGCAAACCGCAUGUUUCAGGGUCCGCUGCUGAUGACAAAUCAGAAUUAUCCGUUGGAGAAGGAGCAGUUGAGGGAUAUAAUUUGGAUGGGAAGACAAGCAGGACAAAUGAGGAACUUCCGAGUCUGGAUAAGUUUCUGGUGAAGCGGUUAACAAGACUUGAAAGGGAGGUGUUAGAAGCCAAAAAUGCCAGGAGGGAAGCUGGGGAAAAAAGUGAACAAACGCGAGAUAAAUCUGGCGAUAAAGUGGUUCAUUCAGAAUGCCAUACAGAUUCAGGCCAUGAUCUAGCAAGUAUUCUCAAGAAGCCUUCUUCAAAAUUUGAGAAGGAAAUUGAAGAGGCCAAGAACAACUCCAAAAUGUUGUUAAAAAGCAAAUGUAAAGCAUCAUAUAGCAAUGUGCAUUCAUCUGAGGUUCCUGACCUUGGCGGUGUGCUGGUUAAGAAUUCCUCGAAGCUUGAGAAAGAGAUUGAAGAGGCUAAGAGGAAGACUGGUGAAAUCGAGGGCAAGAAUUCGAACAGAUUGGGUACUGCGGCAAUUGGUCGGAAGAAGGAACAUGAAAUGGAAGUUCCUAGACUAGAAGAUUAUCUGGUGAAACAUAUGACAAGACUUGAAAAGGAAGUUCAAGAAGCAAAAAAUGGGAAAAACACUGCAGACCCGAUUGCCAAUGCGUCUGAAACUACCUCAUUGGUAGGAAAAGAAAAUGUUGACCAGAAUGUACAUCAUGAUACAAAUGUGGACGAAAAUCCUUGUUGUGGAGAACAACCAACAAAGCCAGCAGGCGCAUUGUCAAUCGAGGAUGAAAACAAAGAAGCAGCGGAUAGUCUGGACAAGAUCCUAGUAAAGCCAGUUCAUCGUUUGCAAAGGCUUAAAAUGCAAGACUCAUCAACAAGAAGUGACUACGUUGCACAGAGGCGUCAAAGAAAGAUUGAAGCUAAUGGUGCAACAGAUUGCGAAAGUUUGGAUAAGAUUUUAGUGAAGCACGUUUCGAAGCUUGAAAAAGAGAAAAUGUCUCUUCGUGCAAAGGAAGACAAUUGGAUGAAUGUAAAGAAGAGGGACACGAUUGGUAAACAAAUGGAGAACAGUGAAGGCAGUUUGGAUCAAAUUCUGGUGAAACACAAGUCCAGACUUGAGAGAGAAAAGACAGCUGCUGUUAAGCAGGAGGAUGAUGAUCAGAUAAGACAUUCAGUUACUCGGAAAGAGAUGAGGGAGAGAGAGUUGCAAGAAGCUUGGGGAGGCUUAAGUCUUGGGAACUCUAUGCGUCCUCAUAUAUCUAGACUUCAGCGGGACAAGGCUGCCUGGCAAAAGGCUGAAGAAGAGGAGAGGAUGAGAACCGUGGAGGAAGUGUGAAAUUCUGAGCAAUUUCAUUUUCUUGGAAUUUUGCUUGUGCUACAGAUUAAAGAAUGAUGAUCAUCCAGGCUAUGUGAUAUCUUUUAGAUUAGGAAUUUCGUAAAUUCUUUGUUUUUCUUCUCCCAUGCUUUCCAUUAGUUUCGUAAAUUCUCGUUUAGUGGUCUCGUGCUAGAUGGAAUUUUUUUGUUCUUUUUUGAGGUCAAUACAGUUAGAAUGCUACUUUGUUUCGCUUCAGAAUGUGUAACUGAAGGUUACAAUUUGAAGAAGAGUGCAGCAAAUCUGUACAGAACUGUGCUUUUGCCCAAAUUCCUUUUCUGUUUUGUUUAUGAAUGAGCUAUUUGACGUGUAUCUUGCACCACCUUUUUGUAACACUUGUUCACUUUA